UUUUUGCAAACUUUCCUACCGGGAGUCCUAUUUUUGCAAAUUUCCCUAUAAUCUCAGUGCGCUCUCUCUCUCUCUCUGCCUUUCCUUACCAGCAAGCGGUGGAAAUCUUCCGUUAUUUUGAUCGCAGUUAAGAUGUUUCGUCUAUGGCUUACCAGAGCUUCUCGUUCCACAGUUUCGGAGGAGGCUGAAUUUUGGCUCACCCUCAAGGUCAUUGCAGAUGGUAAGGAGUUUGAUAGAGAUGUCUCCAAAAGUCCAUGGGGGUAUGUAGCUGAAAAUGUACAACAAGACCUGCUUUCUUCUUUCCAAAAUGUUCGCAAAGCAAUGGAGAGCAAGGAAUUAGAAGGAAAGCCAACUCUGGUUGCUGGGUUUGGCAAAAUACUUUUUCAUGGUGUCUUGAGCAUUGCAGUGUAUGAGUUGCAAGUCAAAAGGAAUGUUAGCAUCUUUGACAGAUACUUGGAGGCAGGAGAUCUUUAACCAAUGUAGAAGCUGUAGAAAGGAAGUCAGUUGCUGAAACCACCUUGAGGCAAAUGAAGAAAUCAUUGUAUACAAAUGUCCCUGUUGCAUUUAUCCAACAUGUUACAAGUGAAGCUGCUUCAAAGAUUGGACUUGAUUUUGCAGCAGAAAAGGAGUUAUACCAUCUAAUGGUAUUAUUUUCAAUGAUCUUCCAUGGUUAGAUUCAGGCUUCUUGUGUUAGAUUCAGGCUUCCUGUUGCAACCAGACUCCGUUUUCAUAUGCCAAUUUAGAGUGAUGGAAUCUGUCCAGCCAAUCAUUCCGCUGGCAUCUCGCAUUCACGCCCCCAUUUGACUGCCGCUCGGGGAUGUAGCUGUAGAUAUGUUAGUCUUAGUGGGUCAUUGGAUCCACUCGUUAUCUCCUUCUAUGACAUGCUGUUGUCGUCACCAUAUUCCAUAUGUCACUUAGUCAUCUCUGCCUCGCUGCAGGUCAGCACCUCUGAAAGAAACGGAGGACUUCAUUCCGUGACACUGUAAAAAGCUCCAACUUUACAA